AUGCAAACCAUCAUGAAGACCGAACAAUCACAAUUAGUUAACAAGGCAUAUAAAAGAUUUAGACGUUACAUGCACAAUCAACACAGUCAUUUCACCAUUCAUAAUGAGAACAGCGCUAAUUUAUGCGAAACAUUUCUGCUCUUCCCCAAAGAAAAUCUUUUCAAUGCUUUAAUUGAGUUAUGA